GAUUGGAGGGGGGUCAGCAAAUGUCAGCGCCACCAAAACCGUACAUGGAGCAGCUCUUCAGCGCCAGAUAGGACAGAAAUCCAACUUUGUCCAAACCCGGCUCCUGUGGAAUUUCAUCUAGGAAUUCAGGAGGAGAGUGAGCGCGAGCCGAUCUACCACGGCUGUGAUACGGUCCAUGAAGCCAAGGCCGCUCAGUUUAAGGCUCCGGUUGAGGCAGGGGAACGGGAUUUCGGGCUCUUCACAGGCUUUCCUCGGCCAUUGAAAUUGCUAAGUGAGAGUGUCCCUGUGCUGUGGUUGACACAGCUGGCGCUUUGGCCGCAACUCCUGACAAAGUUUUUGCAAAUGGUGCGGUGUUCCCCAUUCUUGGAAGAGAGGGAGGGCAGUGUGCAACCAGUGCACCGUUUGCUUCCGCAUCCGGAUGUAGAAUGCUACACCGAAGAUCACGACUUGGCAAUCGUUGCAUGCAUAGGCCUUUUGGUUUGGUCAAUGGGCGUUCCUUUGCUCCUGUUCGCGCUGAUUUGGCGGCUGGAUGAGAGACAGGACCCUGAAGCCUGUCGAAUCUACGGAUAUUUUAUCCAGGGCUUGGAUCCAGCAUUCUGGUAUUGGGACAUUGUUGUCAAGAGAGCUGACAUCUGCUUGAUGCUAGUGGUGGCCUACACCACUCUAGCAGAUGAUGACAACGCCAAACUGCUGCUGUUCCCAUUGAUUUCAGGCCUGCAGCUUGGAAUCACUGCGUGGACGCAACCAUACAAAAACUCACAAGCUCAGGCCCUAGACUCCUUGGAGUUUGUGCUUCUGACCAGCAGGUUCGUGUUGUUUAGCGCCGUAGCGGCCCUGCUAAUUUUUUUCCCUUCUCCAACAAUUUUGCGAGCUGGCGGAGCUAGCCUGUUGGCGAUGUUGAUGAUGAUCGUUGCCUACUCUGGCCUGCAUAUCGUUGCGCACUUCGUUCGCAGCGCAGCAGCUGAUUUGAAAGAAAUUGAGAAGAAGACCAAGGACCAGGAGCCGCCUGCUGGACUUGUUGCACGUAUCUUGAGUUUUGGCGACGGUUCCAGCUGCGCAGGGGCUUUUUUGCAUCAAAUGGUUUUUGUCCAGAUGGCGAGAGCCAGGUUUGUGAGCAAAGUGAAGGGGCGAGCGGUGAAGAUAUUGGAGCCGGUUCUUUUGCCUGACGAGCAUCUCUUUUGCGCAUGGUCACUUCACAAGGCUGUUCCAGCACUGGUGGAGAAGCAUGCAGAUCGUGGUUACUCGCUGCUGUCGUUUGGAGGGUUGUCAGCGCGAGUGCUAAAAACUGACAUGGCAGCCCAACGGCAGACAAUCUCAAAGGCCUUCCAUGACUUCAGUUUGCUGUGGAUGCGCCACUCCACUGCGAAAGGUUUUCCCAGCAUCAACAUGUUGUGCGCCCUCGCAGUGACGAGACGCGACUUGCCCAGAAAACUUUCCACUGAAGAACUCAGCAAGAGUUGGGAGCGAACAAUUAGAGCGUUACAAGACGACAAACGAAAUUUGCAUUUAGUUGGUCAGGACGAUGCCGGCGGUGCACCUUUGUGCGACGACGAUUUUGCGAAUGCUGUCCACUACUUCUCGUUGCUGACGAAAGAGAUGGCUGAGAAGGUGAUGGAUGCGGUGCUGAGUAUCUUUGAGUGUGGCGCUGGUGACCCUGAGGAGUUGACACAUUCCAACGUGCAAAAUCAUUCAGAGCGAACGGGAGAUGAAUGUGAAUCCAAGAUGAACGUGGCUGUUUCCUCAAUUUCGGUCAAUUGUGCCUCAAGUUCCGCUGAUGUGGUGGUGGUAGUACCAGACCACCAUCCGAGUGAGGUGGUGCCAUUCGCUUUGGCAGAGGCCGACAGCCUGCAAGAUGCAGAGAAUGAAGUUGCGAAGCCAACACGAAGAACCUUGCGGCCGAAGCAGCGCGCGAAAGGUAAAGCCAAAGCAAACCCAAAGAGAGGGCAGAUUGGCUACAGGAGGAAUCCGAACAGGGGCAUGGACCCACGAAGCCCAAGUCAGAUUCAGAUCACUGUUUAG